UGAGAGGGGUGGGUGUCGCUCAGUCAUACAUGGGCACGUCAGUCUGGUCUCUGUGAUCCAGACCAAGACACCCUGCAGAGCCCCUCCAGUUCUUCCUUUAUUGCUGCUGCCCCCUCUGCCUCCUCUUUCUCAGUUCACACCUUGUAAAAGGUGGACGGGCCAACCCUCUACAUACCUGAGCGCCGUCCGAUAGGUGAGGGCGGCGAGGGCUGCGCUGUCAUUGGCUGACUGCUGGUGAGAGUGCGAUGCAGAUUGGAGGAUGUCGGGGGACUGGGAUGAAGACCUGUGUAAGAAGGCGCUGGUGUUGGUGGAGGAGCUGUGCUUCCACUCCCCGAGAGGUUACAGCCAGAGUGAACGCUGCCAGGAGUUUACCUACUUGCUGAGAGGUCAAAACAGAAAGCUGGACACAGAGAUCUCUGUCAGUCUGCUGUCGGUCAUCGUGACAUUCUGUGGAAUCGUCCUCCUCUCCGUCUCCCUCUUCGUCUCCUGGAAGCUCUGCUGGCUGCCAUGGCGGGACAAGGAGGGCGGCGGCCUGAGCCUGACGUCAGGGUUGCUGCCCGGAAGCGCCGGCAUCGGAAGCCUCGGAGGCACCGGCGGCUCGUCGCUCUUACCCCCGCUGCUGCAGAGGAAGGAGGGCCACUCCUCUUCCUCGCUCUACCCUACCUUGGGCCAGCAGGGCCAACACCACCCUCAUUUCUCUGACCUGGUGGGGCUGGAGAGGGGUGAGGUCGGAGGUGUGGUUGGGGGGCCACAAGAGACCCAGGAGCACUCCUACCUGGACAUGGACUCCUACCCCAACAAUGCUGGAACUCUGAAGCUGAGUCAGACGUCUCCGGAUGUCCCCAACUCAGAAGUUGGAGCCCAGCCCCAUAAAGACCUGCCCAACGCUCAUUCCCAGCAGCAGGUCACUCCACGGCCCAAGCCCAUGACUCACCAGCUCUCCAGUCCUGAUUUCCACGCCGAGGAGAAGGAGCAGGUAACCAGCAUUGGGCAGAUCAAACCGGAGCUGUACAGACCCAAGGGCGACCAAGGCGAAGGCAAACAGGGCGACAACUGCGGCAAGAUCAGCUUCCUUCUACGCUACGCCUUCAAUACGGAGCAGUUGGUGGUGAAGAUCCUGAAAGCUCUGGACCUGCCAGCGAAGGAUGCCAACGGCUUCUCUGACCCAUACGUGAAAAUCUACCUACUGCCAGACAGGAAGAAGAAAUUCCAGACCAAGGUCCACAGAAAGACCUUAAACCCAGUGUUCAACGAGACGUUUCAGUUCGGCGUGCCGCUGAAUGAGCUACAUUCCAGGAAGUUGCAUUUCUCUGUGUACGACUUCGACCGCUUCUCCAGACACGACCUGAUAGGCCAGGUAGUGGUGGACAACCUGCUGGACUUCAGUGAGGGCAGCGGGGACAAGCCUGUCUGGAGGGACAUCGUGGAGGGCACCGCGGAGAAGGCUGAUCUCGGGGAGCUUAAUUUCUCGCUGUGUUACCUGCCCACUGCAGGCAGGCUCACUGCUACAAUCAUCAAGGCCACCAACCUCAAAGCCAUGGACCUCACUGGCUUCUCAGACCCGUACGUGAAGGCCUCUCUGAUCUGUGACGGGCGAAGGCUAAAAAAGAGGAAGACCUCCAUUAAGAAGAACACCCUGAACCCCACGUACAACGAGGCGCUGGUGUUUGACAUUCCCAAUGAAAAUAUAGAAAGUGUAUCCAUCAUCAUCGCAGUGAUGGACUAUGACUGUAUUGGUCAUAACGAGGUUAUAGGGAUGUGUCGUGUGGGCAGCGAAGCUGAAGGUCCGGGAGGGCACUGGGGCGGCACAUGCUGGCCAAUCCACGCAACCAAUAGAAAGCACUGGCAUCAGCUUGUGGAGGAAAAAGCAAUUGGUACAUUUGUGUCGAAGAGUGCUACAGCGUCCUCCCCUAAGCCGCACAUCGUGGUGGACAGUCCUCACUCCGACUAAAUCUGUCAUUAUCAUCUCUCCAGCUCCAGACUUUUCUUUCUUUCCUCUCAUCUGUGAAUAAUUCUCUCCAUCAAAGAAAGAGAGACGCGGAGACACUGCUAGUGUCCAACUGCUAGUGCUGUUUUGCUCCUGCUAAUGAAUUCUCCAAGUCCUGUGCUGUCUUUACCAAGCCGGGGGAAAAAAAAACAACAACAUCAUCCAUCACAAGCUACACUUUGAGCAUCAGACUACACAUUUACAAACACACGCAGACACUAAAUGGUACAGUAGGACUGAUUUCGGGUGUAAAUUUGGGAUCUAGCAAGGGAACGCACACAUAAGUCACACACACAUAGACACACACGAAUACACACAGAGUUUGUAGUAUGUGCGUAGUUCAUGUGUGCUUCAGAUUAGUGUAGUAUUUCAUCUAGGAGGAGUGUGAUGUGAUAAACUUUUCUCUCUUGAAAACAAAAAAAGAAAAAAAAAGACAGCCAUCCUAGAAUGGUCAUUUCAACCAGGACCAAAGGUUCAUGCCCUUGUACAGACUAUAAAAGAAGAAAAUCACUAUGUCGAUAUUUUUCUUUGCAACAUUGGUGUACAGUAUAUGCCGUACUGUAUGGGAAAACGUCUCACGUAGUACUUAGCAGGACAAACAUCCGAGGUGGAUUCUCUUGACCAUUUUGGACGCCUUCUUCAGGCACCGUACCCUCUUGUUUCAGACUUAACUCGCUUAUUUUCCCCAGAGGAAAGACGACAAAGCGUCCAGUGGUCUUUAUUGAUGUCAGAGGAGUGAAAAAUGAGGACAUACUCAUCGGUUUAAGCAUGUUACGCAACCUUGAAAUGUGUCCCUCGUCCUCAUGCUUUUUGUCACAGUCCUCAUGGUGCUCAUCAGUUUUAUUUUUAUUUUAUUUUUUGCCUCCUUGUUUGUGUGAUACAGUAUACAUAUAAGGAGUUUAUUCAUGCCAGUUUUUACGGUCCACCAAGGAUGCGAUGGUGUGAGAUUCUGAGAGACAUGGACUAGUCGAUAAUCCUCUGCUUUCUGGCCAAACCGACAGACUUUUCCUGACGUAGGACUACACAGGUUGAAUGAAACCUACGUUCAGGAUCGGACCAGCAUCUGUUUGGAUUGCACUCGCUGGAGGAUGUAUUCCACAGGGAAGGAUAUCACCACUCUACUUUAUUUUUCUAUCAUUCCAGGACUUUUUUUCCUUUUCUUUUUCUCGGGAAGUCAUUGUCCAGCUUCAACUGAGAAAAUGAUUAUCUUCAAAUCCACAUCAUGUCCCUGAAAAGACUUUAGAAGGACACACACGUCCGUGUUGCUUUUAUUAGUGUGUGUUUCUGUGUUUGUGGGCGUGUUUGUUUUGUAUUUGUGCGUGUCUGUGUGUUGUGUGUAUGCCUGUGGUGUCACUUGUGACUUGUGUGUGACAUGUUUCUGUGCUCACCAACUCCCUCGUCCUUUUUCUGUCUUCGCCUCCCUCACUCCCCGAACCUCCGGCAUCCACAGACUGAAAUGCUCGUCUCGGAGCCAAGCGUGUCUUCUGUCCCGUGUCUUUACAAAGAGCCAUUAUGUGUGUUUGUGUGUGUGUGUGUGUGUGUUUUGUGUGUUUUGUGUGUGUGUGUGUGAAUGUGUGUGUGUGUACUAUACGUGCCUCAUUGCACUAGGUGGGGAAACACUGUCUUUCAUAGACAUUAGUUUGUAUUGUCUAUGUCGUCUGAAAUCAGCUGCCAAUCAUUCAACCCUCCUCUCCUCUCUAACCCUUUGCCUGAUGUAAGUAACUGUGUUGAUCGUGUACUUCUUUCAGUAAUUUGUGUACUGUAUGUCCGAGGGAAAAAAAACAGAUGGCACAGUGAUUGAAAAUUAAAUUGUUGGGUGUGUUUUGAUUAAAUUUACGAGAAGGAACACAAAAAAAAUGGGGAAAGGGGAAAAAAAGCAAAAAAACAUCCGAGGCUCAUUUUGUUACGGCCGACAGAUCAUGACAAAUUUAGAUCCCCUUAAAGCAAGAAAACAGGGAGGAGGUGUUGCGAGAAAACAAGCGCCUGCUGGAAUUUCUGCACUUCCUGUGUAAGCCGAUACAGACUUAUAAAGCCAUGUCUGUCACUGCUACUACGACUACUACUGUAACCUCAGCAAAAACAACAGUACAACACCUCACUACAGCUACUUGUAUUGCUCUCGUUGCCAUUUCUUUCUCGUCCUCUCACGCACACACAUUUUUGAUGGAGGAGCGUGUGUUUCAGGGGAGGGGAUCUAGUUUCUUUCUCUUUACAUUUGGACCGUUGGAACGCAGUGAGACUUACCGGUGUGCUUGAUUGGGGUGACACAUCCCCGCAUCAUACCUGCAAGUAUUCUGUGUGGUUUGUCAGCUGGGGGAUUAUUGAUCUGCUUGUAUAAGUCGAUAUGGUAUUGAUCCAUUGGUCUCGAGGCCCCAUAACUCUCUCUUUCCCAGCCUCUCCCAGUCUCUCUGCUCGUGUCUACCCUAUUUAGCCCUUGUGUUACUGCCUGGUGAUAGAUUACAAAAUUCAUAGUGGAACCAGCACAUUCCCUUAUUCUCUUCCUCCGUCCGUCCGCCACCCCCAUUCUUUCUGUUUCUGUCUGUUUGAUUACUGUCUGAUUACUCAUUCUCUCAUUCUCUCCUCCAGCUAUCCUUACCUUUCCUCCCGCUCCACUCCCCCACUUAUCCAUUUCUCGCUCUUUUUUUUCAA